CAAUGGACCAAAAAUCAGUUGAUCCAAAAUCGUUUUUUCAAAUUAAUAUCCCAACUAAAUCGGCGAGAAGACGUAGUAGUAACAGCAAUUCUACAGUUCCCACAUCAUUACAAUAUAACAAACACGAUUUACAAAAUAUAAAAAAAGAAUUAAAAACUAACAGCAAUAGUGCAGCAGAUAGAAAGGUACAACUUGAACGUUUAAUGCAACUGUUGAGCACCUUGCCUAACGUCGGUCCAAAUAACAGUGCCACGGGUGGAGGCUUUAACGGAAGCAUCAUUCAUGGUGGUGUUGUGGGAAAACUCGGAGGAUCAACUG